CGGUUUUAAUGUUGGCUUACUCCAUUGAUAAUCCGGCAAACUGUUUCAUUAAUUGUUGUGGUUUAAAAUUUGAUUCAAUCUUCAUUCUCAUUAAUAUUUGCAUUAAUUAUUGUAGAUUAUCAUCAAUUAUUACCGCUAACAAUUAAUGACACCGUGAUCAUCAAUCAAUCGUAAAUAACUUUGACCAGAACGUGGUGAUUUAAAAGUCUGGAUCGAUUAUUAAUUGGUUAGCAUUUGUUCAUUAUCGAUAAAUGUUUCUCUAUUGAUUGUUAUCGAUUUGUUUCGCAAGUCUUGAUAAUUGAAAGUGAAAAUCCGUCCAUCCAUAAUAAUACAACUUUUGAUUUUAUGUUGGCGAUAAUUUUUCCCCAUACUCAUUGAUUGAACUCGUUCGCCUUAUGUCAUCAUUUCCGUUUUCUUCGAUCUAUUUCAUUGGCCAACUCAGAAAAAUAUUUAUAAUACAACAGAAAAAAGAACGACAACAUCUGACAAAAUGACAACCAUACUACCCACCGAACUAAUAUCGAACAAAAAGCUUCUGGUUCUCAAUAUUGGUGAUAUAGUUGAAUGUAGAACAUGUUUUGAAGAGAUUUUUACCGGUGAAGUGAUGGCAUUCGAUUAUGAAAAUCAGAAUAAAAUCCUGGUUUUGAAAAUUCCAUCAACAUCAUCAUCAUCCACUUGUAACAUUACCUGUGUUAAUCUGGAAUUUUGUAGCAAUGUUCAUGUGGUUCAAGAAAUGCCCGAAUCUACAUCGAAUACACAUAUAAAUCUUCCAGAUAUAAAUACGAAUAAGCUUGAAGAAAGAGUUAAUGUUGCUGUGAAAGAACGUAAUAAUCUAAUUGAAGCUUAUAAAUCUGGUGUCAGUUCUGAUGGUAUAUCAUUGUAUUUGUCGUUGAUAAAAACAAUCGGCGGUUCGGUUACAUUAGAAUCCUUUCAUAACAAUAAAGAACAUUGUAUAGUGAUUAAAAAGAACACAAAAAUAACGCCACCAUUCAGUGCCGAUUGUGUACAAGCAGUUGUACUUCCUAAUAAAACGGCUGGUCCGAUGGCUUCUGAAGCGGUUAAAUAUGCUCGACAAUUGGUUGAAAAAUUUUGGCGUGAUCAAAAUAAAGACCCAUAUACGUUAGCCAGUUGUGGUCCAUCAUCCACACAGUUCAAUGUUAAAAAUCAGAAUAAUAAUGACACCACAACAACAUCGAACAACAACAAUCUGAAUAAUAGUAGAAAUAAUAGUAAUAAUUCAUCGAAAGAAUCAUCACCACAUUCGACGAUGGCAACAUUAUCAUCUCCAACAACAUCAUUAUCAUCACAGAGUGGUUCACGAUCAUCACCAGUUCCACCAACAACAACAGCCGUAACAGCACAGACAUCGACCAUAAACAAUAUGAUUUCAACGACGAAGACGUUGAUCAAUAAUUUGACUUCAUCAAUCGGAAAUGUCCAAACACCACAGAAUUCAACUACGACUUCAUCGUCGUUAUCAUCUUCAACAUCGUCUUCGUCGUCGUCGGCAGCAUCGUCUACAUCAAAUUCAGCGACUAUGACAGCAGCCGCUGCUGUCUCAUCGAAACAAAAUCAGAAAACAACGGCAAAUUCCCGUUAUUAGAUAAGAAUUAAUUAUUGAGUUUUUCCCAAUUUUUUAAAAAUGAAAUGAAUUAAAAAUACAACAUAGAACAUUGUCA